AUGCUGGUUACAGUGUUCACCCUUACAUUUAGUGCGUUAACGAGUGCACACGUCUUGCAGAAAGUUGAGCUGUCCGAUGAGAAGACGCCGUACGAUUAUGUAAAAGAGCAUUUAGACAAACUAAGUACAGAUGUUAGAUCCGGUUUACCAUUGUCAAGUUCCUACGAAGUUGAAGAAAGUCAAGACUACCCCGACAUUGUUAAAGGCGCUGCAUCCACAGUUUUGAACACUGUUACUGGAGUCGGUGGUGUCGGCCUGGGUCAAGGAUUAGGCUUCAAUGGGCUAGGAGGUUUUGGCGGUAUUGGAGUUGGACAGGGAUUAGGAAUUGGUCUAGGAGGAGUUGGCGGCCUCGGUGUGGGCGGUGUUGGAACUGGCGGAAUUGGAUUAGGCAAUGGAGGUAUUGGCGUUGGUGGUAUUGGAGGGGUAGGUAUUGGGGCAGGUGGUUCUGGUCUAGCCAAUGGUGGCUUCAUAAACCCUGGUCUUGCUGGACUGGGAGGCUUCGGAGGUAUUGGUGUCGGGAAUGGCCUUUUAUACCAUCCUAUCCUGGGGGCAGUUGGAGGGGGUUAUGUAGAUAAGAAAGCUUACGACGCUGCACAGAAAAAAGAUGCUGAUGAGAACGUUGAAAAAAUUGAAAAGAAAGUAGAAGAAGAAGCGAAACAUGGGCAGGAAGGUUUCCAGCAAGCCGCGGCGGCUGCAAAGACGGAGAAAGGAGAAUCUAGUUUUUAUAAAGACGAGGAAGCCAAGAAGAAAGCAGCGGACGACGAGAAGUAUUACGAAGGGGGCCAAAAGUUCGACAAACAAGGUGCAAACGAGGAACAGGUCAAAAAAGCUAAAAGUCACAAGAAAGGUCAUGUGAGCAAAGGCUUCAAAUCAUCGAGUAGUAAGAACGAAGAAGAGAAAUCAGAAAGCUUCUACGAUGAGGCCCAUGACGAAGCUGAUCACAGGAUCGCGGGACAGAAUGCUGGUUCCUUUGGGGAGAAGUCACAACAAGGAUUCAAGGGCGCUCAUGAAGAAAAGAUCCUGGAUGCCAAUUCUCAAGGAAAGGAAGGACAUCACGUUUCUGAGCAUAAAGUUGAUGAUGCUAAGGCUAAUAAGGGCGAAUUUCUUCAAAAAGGUUACAAAGGAGGCGCCGAACAAUUGGAGAAAUUCAACAAUUUGGGUGCCCAAUCUGUCCAUGGUCAUCAAGAGGCGACCGGCGGUUACCAAGAGAAUAAAGGAAUACUGCCCAUACAUUAA